AUUAAAUAUCGGCCUACCUGAGCAUUGUUUCUGACCAUCUGACUUUAUGACCACCAUGUACCCAUCCUCUGAUGGCUACUUCCAGCAGGAUAAUGCACCAUGUCACAAAGCUUGAAUCAUUUCAAAUUGAUUUCUUGAACAUGACAAUGAGUUUACUGUACUAAAAUGGCCCCCACAGUCACCAGAUUUCAACCCAAUAGAGCAUCUUUGGGAUGUGGUGGAACGGGAGCUUUGUGCCCUGGAUGUGCAUCCCACAAAUCUCCAUCAACUGCAAGAUGUUAUCCUAUCAAUAUGGACCAACAUUUCAAAAGAAUGCUUUCAGCACCUUGUUGAAUCAAUGCCACGUAGAAUUAAGGCAGCUCUGAAGGCGAAAGGGGGUCAAACACAGUAUUAGUAUGGUGUUCUUAAUAAUCAUGUAGGUGAGUGUAUAUAAGACAUAUAUGCAUUAACAAAAUCAUCACUAUGAAUGUAAAUCCAAUCAUAGUGAUUCAUGAAUUAAAGUUUAGCAUUUGAUGUUGUGUUUGAGUCUGCAGAUACACUAAAUGAUAUAUGUGACAUUAUCUCAGUGCUCUGUCCUUUGCCCCUAUGUUUUAUACUGAUUUGCACUGUAAACUUGAGUUUAUGACCUGUAAAAAACAUUUACUGUAUCUCUCCGUCCAAAGACUUCAACUUCGAUUCUGUGUAUUUGACUGAAAAUCUCUGUAUUAGCAUUAAAAUAUAUGAAGAAAAAUCUGAUUUAACUACAGUUUCAUUGUAGGCUUUUAUAAUAUCGAACUCUCAUGCAGGCUGGGAAAAAGUACAGAAACUCAAUGAAAGUAUACAGAGCAGUGAGCAACCUUGUUUUUGGAAGGUCUUAUCGAUUGACCGACACUGACAAUUCACUAAGUGAGAAGUUAAACAAAGCUCCUUGUGUAAAUCCAUGCGUCAUUAAGGUCAAAGGCCAUUUGCCUUGCCUCGCCUCUCCCACUAUUAAACUACUGUAGAUCUCGGUUUAAAGCACAGUAUGACACUCAUACUCAAACUCAAAUGUUACCUUAAACGUUCAAGUGGACUGAUACUCUGGAGUUUGAAGAUCUAAAUGGAUUAUCUUUCUCAAAUUCAAGAAAAGUCAGGAAAUUCCUCGACUAGAUCUGCGAUCACAUGCAGGUCUAACUUUCGCACAGUGUUUGGUGAUCACUUCGUGAAUAUGUAGAGCUUACCAAACAACCCAGAAACAAUUUAUAGAGAUACAAGAUGAAUAACACAUAACAUUGUGUUACAUGUACAAUACUUCUGGACACAGCAUUAUGGUAAACCCCUCCAGCAAGUUGGACAACAAUUCUGUUCAUGGACCAAAUGAUGUUGAGCAAGUGUUAGUACCCAUAUUUGAUACCUUCAUCCUAGUGACUGGUGUGGUUGGACACAUAUUGGUUCUUAUCAUCAUCUGUCGUACCAUGCGCAAAGGACGUGGACAGCCGAAUGGAGGCAGGACAGGAGGAAUACAAGAAACAAAUGCAAACGGAACCGAUGUUCUUCUUCUGUCAUUAAGUGUGGCCGACCUUCUGCUGCUUUCCUGCCUUCCUUAUCACACGGUUGCAAUUGCGACUCACCACUGGCCCUUCGGGAGCUUCAUGUGUAAAUCUGUGAGCUUCCUAAGUGCGAUGUGUACCUCUGCCAGUGCCUUCACACUGGCUGCUUUGGCGUUUGGUCGGUUCCUCAUUGUGGUGCACCCAUCAAAAGCGUAUCGAUGGCGCAGAGAAGGCCGAUUGAAAAUAAUAGCUGGUGCAUUGUGGAUACCUGCUGUAGUCCUUGCAUCCCCUCAGUUUGCAUGGCGGAUUGUGAUUUCAGGGCCUGAAGCCCAUGAGGACCUGGCAUGUUUUAAUUUCCUAUCCGAUAAAGGCCAGUUGGCAUAUGGAGUGUGUCACUUUCUACUGGCCUUUGCCUUUCCACUUGGGAUCAUUGUAAUAGCCUAUGCCAAGAUCUACCAUUUCCUUAAAAAGACCAAACAGAGCCGAAUAAGCCAGGCAGACCGUUUGGAACAAUAUCAUGUGAAGGUAACCCAAACAUCAGCUAUGUUAGUGCUGGCAUUUGCAUUGUGCUGGCUGCCUUCAUAUGGUUUAAUGUUUGCCCAGAUAACUGAGAGUGAUGCAACUUUACCUCGCUUGGGACCUUUUGCUACCUUCGCUCGCAUCAUGGCAACCUCGUCUACUGUAGCCAAUCCUAUUCUCUAUGUUUUUAUGUCAGAGAAAUUCAGGAAGGAACUAAAAAAUCUGGGUCAAGAGUGUUGUAAAAGCAGAGCUGUCUAAAUAUUAAACUGGACAUUUUGAGAGAUAAUAUUUUAUCCCUUUUAUAAAAAGUUGUUUACAAACCUGAAUGUGUAAGUGUUAACAAAGAAAUGCUUUUUUGUUUGUUUGUUUGUUUGUUUGUUUUUUAGCUUAAUUAUUAUUUAAGAAUAAGGGAUGACAUGAAAGCUUAAAGGAUUAUUCAAUUUUUAUCAAAAAAUCCAGAUAUUUACUCACCACCAUGUCAUCCAAAAUGUUGAUAUUUGUUCAGUAGAGAAGAAAUUAUGUUUUUUGAGAAAAAACGUUCCAAGAUUUUUCUCAUUUUAAUGGACUUUAAUGGACCCCAAAUUAGUUUUAAUGCAGUUUCAACGGACUCUUACCGAUCUCAAACGAGGCAUAAGGGUCUUAUUUAGUGAAAUGAUUGUCAUUUUUGGCACUUUUAAACCACAACUUCUCGUCUUCCUCUGGUCUUGUGAAGCACCAGUGCGACCUCACGUAAUACAUCAUCACAUCAAGAGGUCACGGAUGACGUAUCAAAACUACGCCCCAGUGUUUACAAGUGUGGUGAAAGAAGACCGACAGACGUUGUUGUAUGUGGAAUGAUACUAAUUAAUGUCUUUGUGUCAGUUUAUUGUUUAAAAUGGUCUGCAAAUGUUUCAUAUAUGUAACACGUGACCUUUUGAUGUCAUUACGCAAUUAUGUGAGGUCGCGCUGGCGCGUCACACGACUGGAGGAAGACGAAAAGUUGUGGUUUAAAGUACAUAUUUUUUAUUAUUCUUGCCAAAAAUGACAAUCGUCUGCUAGAUAAGACCCUUAUGCCUAGUUUGAGAUCAUUUAGAGUCCUUUGAAACUGCAAUUUUAAACUGCAUUAAAACUGCUAAGUGUUGGGGUCUAUUAAAGUCCAUUAAAAUGAGAAAAAUCCUGGAAUGUCUUCCUUAAAAACAUUUCUUCUUGACUGAGCAAAGAAAGGCAUCAACAUUUUGGAUGACAUGGUGGUGAGUAAAUUAUCUGGAUUUUUUUAGAAAAUGGACUAAUCCUUUAAAAACUAAAAAAGUUGAGACUAUUUUACACUGUCAGAUAAAAAGUACAAAAGAUGUCACUGUAAUGAGGUACAAAAGUGCACUUUUUGAAAUGGUACCGUGCCCAGUGACAUCUUUUUCUACCGUUUUACAGAGACUAAUAUACAUGAACUGCUUCAGUUAUACUGUAUUAGUUAGAAAACACUGUUAUUAUAAAAUUAUUUUGUGUCAAUACAAUUGCAGACUCAAAUAGUUUGUUUAUCACAAGGGGUGCAGUUGUCAGAAUAUAUAAUACUGUUGUUUCAGUUUACAAACCCAAAAUUGACAGUAUGGUUAUAUCCUACAUGUAGAGUACUGAUAUUAAUACUGUAAAUUAGAUUAAAUUAGUGCUGGGCAAAGAUUAAUCACAAUUAUUCGCAUACA